AUGGCGGUGCGUGAACGCGCAUGGGCAGCAAUGGCCGCUCUGGAGCGGCGGGUGCCGAGCCUCGAUGACUUCGCGGGACAGAGCUGGAGCUCCUGGGUGGAGCGGGCCGGCCCGCCCGCCGCAGCCGCUCACGGGUCUGAGCUGGAGGAAUGCCACAAGAACGGGAAGAAGAAGUUGGACGCCAUGACCCUCAUUAAGGAAGACAUGUCCAUCUUUGGCCACUGCCCUGCCCACGAUGAGUUCUACCUUGUUGUGUGUAACCACUGCAGCCAGGUGGUGAAGCCUCAGGCGUUCCAGAAGCACUGCGAGAGAAGACAUGGGCCUCUCAGCAAGCUAUAUGCGCGGGCCCAGGCCUCAGCGGGCUCCCAGAAAUGCCACCCGGUCAAUGGACAGGGCCCAGCCUGUGGGAGCCAAACUCAAGUCUCAUCCAGCAAAUCUUCCCGGGAGAAAGCCCAGGGAUCCCGGAGCCGGGCCCACCCUGCUCCUGAGAAGGCCCAGAAGGACAAUCUCUGCCUCUACGUGCCCGUGGUGAAUCUGGAGAAGAUUUCUAGCCUCCCCAAACCCCCGGCUGCCCCCUCUGUCUUCCUGGGCCAACCGGGCACUCCCUCCAAGGACCCCCCGGGGAAAGCCCCCGUAGCUCCCUUCUCCUCUAAGGAGCCCUUGGGGAAGGGCGGCAGCCCACCGGGUGCUGGCGAAGGUCCCAGCCCCAGGGCAGAGAGUAGCCCGGCGGAGAAGGACUCUGGUGGCAGCAGGCUGCCCCCCAAGGCCCACAAGAAGAUGGCACGCAAGGAGUGUGAUCUGAACCGGCAGUGUGGAGUGCUGAACCCGGAAACCAAAAAGAUCUGCACCCGACUGCUGACCUGCAAGAUUCACUCAGUUCAUCAGCGGCGCGAGGUCCAGGGCCGAGCCAAGGACUUCGACGUGUUGGUGGCGGAGCUGAAGGCCAGUUCCCGUAAGGGGGAGUCCCCCAAGGAGAAGAGCCCCCCGGCCAAGGAGCCGGGCCCCGAGCGGCUGCCCCAGGAGCCUCUGCCCACGGCCCAGCCUGCCGUGCCACCCGUGGGCACCUUCCCCGGUCGGGUCAAGCAGCUGUAUCCCUCUUGUGGCCCGCCCAGGUCCCUCCUCUCCUCCGAGAGUGAGCUAGAUGAUGCGGGCCCUUGUAGUGGUGACAGGGACCCGGGGCUCUUCCCCUUCCCCCUGCCCAGGGCCGGAGGCCCCAUCUCCAGUGAUGAGAGUGAGGAGGAGGAGCCGGUCCCCGACGACCCCCACCGCCCCCCAGACUGUCAUUAUGCAACCCGACCCCCAAGGCCGCAGGCGUAUUGCACCUUCGGGAGCCGGCUGGUCAGCCCGGGCUGCUACGUGUUCAACCGCCGGCUGGAUCGGUUCUGCUCGGCGCUCAGCUCCAUGCUGGAGCGGCACCUCAGCUCGCACAUGUGGAAGAAGAUCCCGCCAGCUGCCGAGCCCCCCGCCCACCCUGCCAGUUCACCCCCGGCCGUCCCUUCGAACGCCUUCCCCGGGGGCAGCUGUCCCCGCUCCUCCGGCUCGGCCCACCGGCCACCCUGCCCGCCCCCAGCCAAGGACAACUCUACCCUGCCGGCCCCCGGGUACCCAGCCGGCUCCCCCACCGUGGCGGCCGCCUGCAGCCAGGCCGAGUGCACGGGCGGAAGCCAGUCCAUCACCUCCCCGCUGCCCGCCAACACACCGUCGCCCUCCUUCAGCAAGCUGCCCCCGUCCAAGGCCAGCAAGCUGCCCAGGGGGAGAGAGGGCACCGAGGCAGAGGCCCUGCCCCGCAAGCGCAAGCCUCCUCCCACCCCUGCUGACGGCCCGCCUGCCUUCAAACGGACCUGCCUCCUGGAGCCCCCUGGCAAGGGGAAGCCCACGGGCUGCCGGGCGCUGCCCCCCAAGACUAAGCCGGCACUGGGUGUGGGGCUCAAUGGAGCGGUGGGGCCCCGGGUGAAGCGGGUGGGCCCCUUGGACUGUCGGGGGCCCCCACACCCGCCACCUGCGCCCGGGAGGGCCUCACAGCUGGAGAACCGGGGUGGCUCUGGGCCUCCCGCCAAGGCCCUGCAGCCCAAUGGCCUCUCGGAGGAAGAGGAGGCUAAGAAGCAGAAGAACCUGGCCACCUACUGCCGGCCCCCAAAGCCCAAGCACUGCCCCGUGGGGCCCCCCGGCGACUCAGUCUGCUCCGUUCGCAGGAAGAAGCCCGGCCCAGCCCUGGGCUUUGAGGAAAAAUGCACCUCACUGAAGUCAAAAGCGCAUUAACGAGAAAGUGCCUGCCCGCUGCGAUGGAGCCGUCAGCACCUCCCUCCCCCUCCUGGAUCCGGGCCCCAGGCUGCUGCCGCUUUUUAUAACUUUAUAUUAUUUUUUUUAAG